AUGUACAGCUUUAAGUCACUGAAGAGACAAAUCCCGAUAAAAGUUGAUUGCUCCCAACCACGCUUUAAUCUUGAAGUCUUAACUCCAAAGAAUAUGGCCAAGGACUAUGGAGAACUAUGGCUUAGCCUACUCGCAGCAGGACCCGCCCCUGCUUCCCUGCUCCUGCCCCCGGGACUCGGCGGCGGCGCGCCCGGGCUGCUGCGGGUGACCUGCGGCCGCUCCGCGGCGCUGGACCCGGCGCGGGACCUGGUGAUCCGCGUGCCGCCGGGGCAGACGUGCGAGGUAUCGGCGCUGGAGAGCGAAGAGCCGGGCCCGCCCAGCCCCGGCGCCCUCUCCCCGCGGCGCUUCCCCUGCCGCUUCGGCCAAGGCCACUACACCCACUGCGGCGCCCCCAGCACCGGCCGUUACCGCCUGCGCCUCCAGCUGCGCUCGGGCUCGCCCAGCCGCCCGCUCCUGCUCCUGGCGCUGCCGGUGGAGGUGCUGGCCCGGCCGCCGCGCCUUCGCCGCCGCCUCCUGCCGCUGGAGGUGGAGUCGCGGCUGGGACUCAGCCCGCCCCUGGACGGCAACGUGCUGGGCUUCCCACAGGGCCGCUGCCGCCUCACCGUGCGGCCCCUGUCGGACGGCGGCGCCCCCCUGCCCGCUCACGGGCGCCUGCUGCCCCCUGGCUACAGCAGCGAGUGCGGCCGCUUCCUGCGGGCGGGGAUCCGCUACCAGCACACGGCGGCUGAGCCCUGGCCCAGCCGCGACUCCAUCCCCGCGCGGGUGGAGCUGCUGGGCGGCCCCGAGCGGGAGUACUUCCAGGUGGUCGUGCGGCUGCGGGGCGGCGCGGAGAACACGCCCCCCUCCCUGGGCUUCAGGGCGCUGCUGGUGGCCGAGGUGCAGCAGUUCGUGCUCACCGCCCUCACUCCCGACAUGCUGGCGGCCGAGGACCUGGAGAGCCCCCCGGAGCUGCUGCUCUUCAGCCUCACCACGCCCUGGCCCAGCCCCGGCGGGCGGGAAGGUGAGGAUCUCCGACUGUGGGGCUACCGACUCAGCAUGGACGAGCCCAACCCGCCGCUCACCUCCUUCACCCAGCGGGAGCUGAGGGAACUGAAGAUCGCCUACCAGCCGCCCACGGUGGACUCGGACCAGGAGUGCAUCUUCCAGCGGGAAAUAAAGGUGUUGGACCCUGAGGGCGUCUCUUCAGAGCCCUUCGUCUUCAGUGUGGUGAAGCCCAUGAACACGCUGGCCCCAGUGGCUACCUUCAGCCAAGCCGCCGGCCCCCAACUGAUGCUCUUUGAGGGGCAGGCAAGGCCUCUGUCUGGCACUCUGGAGAGCGAUGAGGACUAUCUGAGUGAGGUGAAGGUCUGGGAGACACGGGGCCUGCCACAUGGCGAGCUCAGGGUACUGGGUGCACCACCCAGCCGCAAGUACUUCACAGCAGCCGAACUGGAGGCUGGGCAGGUUGUUUACCAGAACGAUGGCAGCGAGCACAGCUACAGUGACAACACUGUGUUCCGCAUGGAGGAUGGGCAGCACCAGGUAGAGUUUCUUUUCCCCAUCAUCAUUGCCCCUGUUGAUGACCAGCCGCCCCUGCUCAAUGCCAACACCGGGCUGGUGCUGAGAGAGCGCCAGGCUGUCCAGCUCUCGCCCUUUGUUCUCAGUGCCACUGACAUUGAUUCGGAAGAGUCGACUAUUCGCUUUAUACUUCAGGAAGACACUGAGGAGUCUGCCCACGUCUCACGCUCCCAGCACCUGGGUGAGCUGCUCCUGUACCAGACAGAGCCACCGGCAUCCUUUGAGAGUGAAGAGGAUGUGGAGGAGGCUGGUGGUGCUUCCUCCUCCUGGUGCUUUGUGGAAAGGGAGGGUGUGUAUGAGAAGGUGGUGAGCGAAUGGCUGCAGCAAGACAUCCUGGAUGGAAGGCUGUUCUACAGGCACACAGGACCCCAUAGCACCAGUCCUGUGAUGGGCUACUUUCUGUUCCGCCUCCAGGAUGACAAUGAGCCCCCUAACCAGUCUGGGGAGCAAGUGUUCACCAUCAAAGUGCAACCAGUAGACAAUUUGCCCCCGGAACUGUACCCAGGCAUCAGCUCAAUGACAGUCUUGGAGUACCAGGUGACCUACUUCAGAAAGCGCUAUCUGCACUACGAUGACCUGGACACAGAUGAUAGCGAGUUGAAAUACACCCUGCUUACACCCCCAGCUGACAUAGAUGAGAACCGCCCUGUACUGGCUGAAGAGAUUGUGCUGGCUGAUAACCCUCUGGUGUCCAUUAUUCAGUUCACCCAAGGCUAGGUGAACCAUCAGAAGGUGGCAUACCGGCCGCCUGACCAGGAGCUGGGUAUCACCCCAAGGGUGGUGCAGUUUAACUACAGUGUAGAGGACUCAGCGAGCAACACUGUGCUAGGGACUUUCACUCUCUUCCUGCAGCCAGUGGACAAUCAGCCACCCCGGAUGACCAACAUGGGUUUCACUGUGCUUGAGGAGAGCAACUUCCUUCUCACCAGCAGUCAGUUGGAUGCCACUGACCAGGGCACAGACACAGAUCAAAUUAUAUUCAUCUUAAACUAAGCACCCCAGCAUGGCCACCUUUGCUACCUGGAGGGGCUUAUAGUCCAGGGAGAAUCUUUCCUGCUAGAUGAUAAUGCCAGUGGGCGUAUAUCCUACCAGCACAGUGGUGAUGAGUCCACUAAUGACUCCUAUCAACUGGAAGUGAGUGAUGGCAUUCAUCAUGUGCCAAUCACUGUUAGGAUCACUGUGCAGCCAGUGGACGAUGAAAGGCCUAGUAUCACUCUACCUGGUGGUAAUGAACUGCUGGGACCCUCUAUAGAUGUGCAAGAAAAUGGUGUCACUGAGAUCACUACUUCCCUUCUCCAGGGCACAGAUGAGGAUACUGAUGAUCUGUCACUGACAUUCUUUGUGAGGGAUCCACCCAAGCUGGGUGACAUCCUGGUAAAUUGGGUGCCCAUGGAGAGAUUCACCCAGCAAGACUUUAUCAGUGGGACAGUAGUCUAUGCUCACACUGGUGGAGAGAUUGGCCUGAAGAAGAGGUUUGACUCUUUCAAUCUGACCAUGUCUGACCUGUCCCAUGAAUGGGUGGUGGGAGGCAGCACAGUACAAGGGGCGGGGUCUGUGACUGUGCUGCCUGUGGACAGCAUUGCACCUAAAGUGAUUGUGGGACCCAAGCUGUUCAUUGUCUCAGAGGGAGGGAAGAAAGCUCUGACUCAGCAGCAGCUGGAUACGGAGGAUGUGGAUACUCCCAUGGAUGACAUUUUGUACACCAUCACAGUUCAGUCCACUUCUGGAUACCUGGAGAACAUCUCUCCAGCUCCUGGAUCUGAAAAGUCUAGGGCUGGCACUGCCAUUAGUGCCUUCUCCAUCAAAGAUGUUCACCUGGGACAUGUCAGCUAUAUUCAGAGCAUCCACAAGGAGGUGGAGCCCUUAGAGGACAGAUUCACUUUCUGCUGCUCUGAUGGCGUCAAUGUCUCCCCUCACCACUUCUUCCUGAUUGUCAUCAUCCCUACCAAUGAUGAAAAGCCUGAGCUGUUUGUGCAUGAGUUUGUGGUGCUGGAGGGAAUGAGUCUGGUUAUUGACACGCCCAUCCUCAAUGGUGCCGAUGCUGAUCUUCCCCCAGACCACCUGCACUUCAUCAGUGUUCCCCCCAACCAUGGGCGAAUUGUGCAGCAGCUGACAUCUGGCGCCAUACCCAUCUGCAACUUCACACUGGAGGAGAUCCAGGAGGCCUCCUGCAUUGUUUAUGAGCAUGAUGACUCAGAGAUUAAAGAGGACAGCUUCAAAGUCCAGCUAAGUGAUGGCCAGCACACAGUGGAACAGAAAGUGCUGAUCAUGGUGAUCCUUGUGGAUGAUGAGACCCCUAGGAUGACUAUCAAUGAUGGGCUGGAGAUAGAGAUCAGUGAAUCCAAGGUCAUCACUAACAGAGACCUUAAAGCCACAGACAUAGAUUCAGAGAACAGGAACCUCACCUACAUCAUCCACUUGGCACCCAGGCAGGGUCUUCUGCAGUAUCUGAGCAAACAUGGGGAGCCAUUAGGGAACAUUACAGUGGGUAUGAACUUCACCCAGGAUGAUAUAGACCAGGGUUUUAUCCAUUAUGCUCAUACUGGCCAACAAGGGGUCCGUGACCUGGUUAAAUUUGAUGUCACUGAUGGCAUUAACCCCUUGAUAGACAGAUAUUUUUAUAUUACCAUCAGCAGCAUUGACAUAGUUUUCCCUGAGGUGAUUAACAAAGGGGUAACUCUGAAAGAGGGUGGGAAGGUGACACUAACAACUGACCUGCUCAGUACUAGUGACAUUAACAGCCCUGAUGAGAACCUGUGCUUCAGCAUCACUCGGGCCCCUAGCCGAGGACACUUAGAGAGCUUGGACAAUCCGUUGCUUCCUUCUUUCUCUCAGCUCCAGCUAGCUGGCAAUAAGAUUUACUACAUCCACACUGCAGAGGAUGAAGUGAAGAUGGACAGCUUCGAGUUUGAAGUGACAGAUGGCUAUAAUCCAGUCUUCCGCACCUUCAGGGUCUCCAUUACAGACGUGGACAAUAAAAAGCCAAUUCUGACUAUCAGUGACCUUGUGGUUGAGGAAGGGAAGACCAAACUGACCCCCUUUGAGUUGACUGUGGAAGAUCAGGACACCCCUGACCAUUUGCUCCGUUUCACGGUUACUCAGGUCCCUGUCCAUGGCCAGAUUUUAUGUAACAGCAGCUAUCCUGUGACCAGCUUCACCAAACUAGAUUUGAAUGAGAAUCUGAUUAGCUAUAGACAUGAUGGCACAGAAACCAGCCAGGAUAGAUUAUCGUUCACUGUGACUGAUGGGACCCACACAGACUUUUACAUUUUCCCUGAUACUAUCCUGGAGACUCAUCAACCCCAGCUGUUGAAGAUCCAGAUCAAUCCCCUGGGCAAUGGGAUGCCACAGUUAGUGGUGAACAAAGGUGCCCCAACUCUGAGAAACCUUCCAACUGGACACUUGGGUUUCUUGAUCACCAGCAAGUCACUGAAGGCAGAAGACCGAGACAGCCCACACAAACUGCUGAAGUACAAAAUCACAGAUGGCCUAGAGCAUGGAUUCAUCAUUAAUAUUGGCCUUGGAAAUGAGAACAUUAACACAUUUACACAAGAUUGCAUGUUUCUUUUAUCAGCUGAUAUUGAUGAAAUGAAGAUCAGCUAUGUCUUGAAAGAGGGUGAUAGUUCUACCAGUGACAUCUUCUACUUCUCCAUUGAAGACAAUGGCUCUGCCACAGGCACAAAUCCCUCCACUGUGUUAUCCUAUUCUGACUACAUCUCCUGCCCUGAAGAUCAUACCAGCAUCAUCAACUUUGAUGAGGAUGAGAGCGAGAAAACCUGUUGCAUCAUCAUUAUUGAUGAUUCCUUGUAUGAGGAAGAUGAGACCUUCAGUGUCACACUGAGCAUGCCGAUGGGUGGGCAAAUCGGUGCUAAAUUUUCUAGCACCAAAGUGGUAAUCCUAGCUAGCACAGAGGAUGUUCUAAGUGCGGGUUACAUUGAAGUUCGUGUCUGGAGAACUGGAACAGAUCUCUCCAAACCGGCCUCUGUCACUGCACGUUCCAGGAAAACGGAGCCAAUAUCAGCGGAGGCUGAGUUGCUUUCAAAUAAAAAAUAUGGAAUUGAUUACGUGGGCAUCAGCAGGAAUCUGGACUUUGCUCCUGGAAUCAAGAUGCAGGUGUUCCGAGUGACUAUCCUCGACGACCUGGGGCAGCCUGUUUUGGAGGGUCCAGAGAAGUUUGAGCUGGUUCCCCGUAUGCGCAUGAGCACAGUGCUUGGGGUGCCUAGCAAAACUACUAUCUUCAUCAAUGACAGCAUUACUGACUUACCCAAAGUCCAGUUCAAGAAACCAUGGUACACAGUGAAUGAAAAAGAUGGACAGUUAGUGGCUGUCAUUUAUCGUAGUGGUGAUAUUAACCAUAAAUCUACCAUCCGUUGCUACACUUGCCAAGGUUCUGCUCAAGUCAUGAUGGACUACGAGGAGCGACCAAAUGCAGAUGACUCUGUACUGGUGUUUCUCCCAGGAGAGAUUGAGAAGCCCUGUGUGGUAAUACUGGAGGAUGAUGCAAUUUAUGAAGAAGAGCAAGAAUUCAGACUAGUGCUUGGAACACCAAAAAGUACCUCAACAUUUGGUGCCUCCAUUGGGGAGCAAAAAGAGACCCUGAUCAAGAUUAAGGAUGAAGACGACAAACCAGUGAUUAAGUUCUCCAAAAUCAAACACAGCAUUCAGGAGCCUCAGGAGUCUGGAGAGAUUGCAGUUGUAAAGAUCCCCAUUUUACGUCUGGGUGACAGCUCAAAAAUAUCUGUUGUGCGAAUCCACACAAAAGAUGGCUCUGCCAUCUCUGGGGAAGACUAUAAUCCAAUGUCUGAUGACAUUGAAUUCAAGGAAGCAGAAGCUGAACAUAUUGUUGAAGUUGAGGUCUUAUAUGAUGGCGUGAGAGAAAUGAGAGAAGCAUUUACAGUCCACUUGAAACCAGAUGAAAAUAUGGUGGCUGAAACACUGAUGAACAAAGCCAUUGUGUACAUCGAAGAAAUGGACAGCAUUGCAGAUGUGACUUUCCCAACUGUGCCCCAGCUUCUGGUAUCGCUUCUGGUGUACGAUGACACUUCUAAAAGCAAAGAGAACCCACAUCCUCCUACUGGUUACCCUAUUGUGUGUGUAACGGCUUGUAAUCCCAAGUAUUCAGAUUGUGACAAGAUUGGAGGUCUCUGUGCUGCUGAAAACAUAAAUGAUACUCUGACCCUGUACCGCUGGCUUGUCAGUGUUCUGAGUGGCAGCGACGGUGUCACCAGCCCCAUGCAGGAAGUGCACUCCAACACCUUCUUUACCAACACCAAGUCCAUCUCCCUGGACUCCAUAUACUUCCAGUCCGGAUCAAGGGUCCAGUGUGCAGCACGGGCUGUCAGUGCCAAUGGUGAUGUGGGUCAGGAACUGCUAAGCACUAUUUACACAGUAAACAGAGAAGACAGUCUUUGUCAACCUCGGAUCCCAGGAACAGUUGCAGCAGAACCUUUCUCAGCCAAGAUUAGCUACAUGGGUUCAGAUGAUCCUGAUCACCCCAUCCUGAUCAAAUUAACUGUUACAAUGCCUUAUAUGGAUGGUAAAAUGUUGCCUGUCAUAUCAACUCAUCCAUUAUCCAACUUUGAGCUGACUCUUAGCCCUGAUGGCACUCGUGUGGGCAACAACAAGUGCUCCAACCUGCUGGAUUAUAAUGAGAUCCAGACCAAGCAUGGCUUCAUUACAGAUGAAACCAAGAACCCUGAAGUGAUUGGGGAAACCUCACCCUACCAGUACAGCAACUCUCUGCGAUCUACUAAGACCUUGCGUUUCUACCGUAACCUCAACCUGGAGGCCUGCCUCUGGGAGUUCAACAGCUACUAUGCUAUGUCUGAACUGCUGACUGACUGCGGUGGCUCCAUUGGCACAGAUGGCCAGGUGUUAAAUCUGGUACAAUCCUAUGUCACACUGCGGGUGCCCCUCUAUGUCUCCUACAUCUUUCACUCUCUUGCUGCCAUUGGUGGCUGGCAGCACUUUGACUUGCAGUCUGAACUGAGACUCACCUUUGUAUAUGAUACCGCCAUGCUGUGGAAAGAUGGCAUAGGCAGCUCACUGGAAUCAGAGCUCCAAGGUUCCCUCUACCCAACCAGCAUGCAAAUCAAUGAUGAAGGGAGAUUGGUGGUGAAUUUCAGGACUCAGAUUCGGUUCUGAGGACAGCUUGGAAUGUCUCACUCAGGUACUUCUCUGUCAUCUAUGGUGAUGUCUGCUGACCAUCCUGACCUCACCUUCACACUGAGUCUGUUACGAAGUGAACCAACCUUCCACCAGCCCGUGCAGCAGUGGACUUUGCUAUUGAAGGAUUACAAUGAAGACUAUUCUGGUAACUACACUGUAAAAUGUAUCCCGUGUACUUCUGCACCUAACCAGGAAUAUACCCUUCCUAUCAUCUGUAACCUAUGGGAACCAAUCACCUUUGAAGUGAAUAUCAGGUUCCAACAGGUCAGUGACCCAGUAGCAGCUGAGUUCAGUCUUAAUACCCAAAUGUUACUGCUGUCGAAGAAAGAGCUCUGGAUAUCCAGCGGCUCCAUGGGAUUUGGGGAAGGAACAGAUGUGGCAUUUACUGAAGGGUCUGAAAUUUAUGGCCUAGUGAUGGUUGACCCUUUUCAGAAUUUAGGAGACUCUUUCACCUGUAACAUUGAGAAGGUGUUUCUCUGCACUGAGGCUGAUGGAUAUGUGCCCAAAUACAGUCGGGAAUACGGAUGCCUGGCUGACUCACCUAGCCUAUUGAACAGAUUCAAAAUCCUGAUAUGUAAAUGGUUAGAUAAAGCUCAACCUGAGACCCAGGCAGAAGUGUUUGGAAAUGUGAAGUUUCAUGCUAAAUUAGCUAUUGAUCAUGCAGAUGCUUUUCCUUUAGGAAAGCAGCCUGGUUCAGAUGGUUUCAGCCUGUCAUCCUCUCCUCUCUUCCAGGUAAGUUCUCAAGAUGAGUGGUACAUUCAUACAAUUUAGAUGGUUAGCAUUCUCUCUUGACCUAACCGAGGCAUAGGGAAGAGAAGCCUAGAGCAUCACAGGACCCUGAAGCGCAGUUGGAGAGCCAAUCCUGAUGGCCCCACCAUCACGCAAGACAUUGGAACAAAAAAAAACAAGGGCACAAAUAUUCAGCAUAUAGCCCUCUACCAUUCCAGUAAAAUCACCCAGAAUGAUCAGUUUCCAGCAGGUGAGCCCUAUCAAAGGCGCAUUAUGCCUGUUCUGGGAGGGGCAGGUGAGCUGCUGCUGCUUCUGAUAGGCAGUGUGGUAGUUGUCUCAUUUCUGCUGAAGCAGAGGGGACAGCCCUCUCUUAGGAAACUAUUUGUCACCUACUCCAGCAGCAGUAAUGACAGUUCUGAAGUGUAGAGGGCUUCU